UCUCCGCAACGCAAGUUAAACUACUUUCCCUACGAGUAUCAAGAAACAACCGCUUUACGGUUUGUUUGUUUCCGGUGGGCCAUCCCGGUUUGUGUUGUGUUCAGUUGGCGCUGACGGGCGCACACAUCCGCUUAAUCCUUACACCAGUAAAUCAACACACCUGCUGCUUAUGUCAACUAGAAACAGUUGUAUAUUUUCAAUAUGAUAUUUAUUGUGCAGUGUGCUGCUAACUGCGCUGACUGCAAAAAUUCCGCUUUUCUGCGCUAAUUCUGCCUCUGUCUGUUCUGUAAUGCUUCAAGCGUACCGGUGGAGUCGGUAUCUUAGGGAAUUACUUGGCACCCUACCAGGCCGUAAUUAGAAUUUAUUCAAUUACCGCCAGCCAGAUCCUUGUUUGUAUGUUUAACCAGGAUCGAAACCUACAAAUCGCACGGAUCAACUGCUAUUUCGGUGCUUCAACGAAACCAGGCUUUAAUUAAUCUUCCGUGACACGGAAACCGUUGACAAACCUAUCUGAAUAUUCUGCUCAGAUGGAUGCAUAGUAGCCAUUAACUGGGGAGCGGAUUUCCUGGAAGGAUCAUGGGGAGUGUUAUUGAAUCAGGGAGAUUAGUCCGCUUUCCCACAUCCUCUUCCUGAAUCCCCUUCCGGCCGGCCGCGACUUUCCGGCCGCGGCGUAUACUAUAUGUGUGAUCUGAUCGUGUGUUGGUGCUGACCGGGAUUUGGCGGCGUGAUGCCGAGUAAUCCGCUCAUUGCGCAGUCCGUCAACACCCCUGUCGACACUGACACAAUUAUGAACCACAGCAACGCCUGCAUCAGCCCCGCCGCAGCCCCGGACGCGGUGUUUUCCAUGGCCGCGUGGCAGUGGCUGCUGACCGCCGCGCCCACUUGCGCCAUCGUUCUGGGCACCAUUGUCGGCAAUGUGUUGCUCUGCCUGGCCAUUGUCCAUAACCGCCAGUUGAGAAACAAUAUUACCAACAGCUUCUGUGCUUCUCUGGCCAUUAGUGAUCUACUGCUGGGAUUAUGUGUCCUGCCGCUGAGCUUCGCCAAGCUCUUAUCGCCCGAGUGGAAGUUCGGAAGUGUCAUCUGUAACCUUUACGUCGCCACCGAUGUCUUCCUCUCCACCGCCUCCAUCCUCAACCUCUUCGUGGUUUCCAUCGAUCGCUACUACGCGAUAAGCCGGCCCUUAGAAUACAGCGCCAUCAUCACCGCCCCCACUGCGGUUGCCUUGUUGGCCCUCACUUGGCUUCUGUCCGCCCUCAUCGCUUUUGUGCCCAUCUACUCCGGCUGGAAUACGGCCGACGGUCGUCUACAGAACAGCGCUGACGAGCGGCAAUGUCUCUUCACCGUCGACAACCCCUACUACAGUGUCACCCUUGGGGUGGGAACCUUCUACAUUCCCCUGCUUAUUCUCUACGUCAUGUACGCCAAAAUCCUCAAAAUUAGCUACGCCCAUGUCCAGGCCAUCCGUUCCCAGACCUAUCACCCCAGUACGGCUGGUCACGCCAAGGAGGCCACGCCCCAGCACAAUCCACGCUCGCGGAGUAACAGCCACAGUCACGUGCUGCGCCAGCACCGUGCUACCUUGACCUUGUUUAUCAUCGUCGGUGCAUUUACAGCCUGCUGGCUGCCGUACUUCACCUUGUUCACCGUGCACCCCUUCGGCAUAAUCGGGACCACUCCGCUGGUGGAAGAGGUGGCGCUGUGGCUGGGCUACCUUAACUCCUUCGUCAAUCCCUUUGUUUACGGCAUGACCAACCGGGAAUACCGUGCCGCCUUUAGCAAACUGCUGUGCAGCUGGCGACACACGGCCAAGCACAAUUUAGCCACGGCGCACUACCAUGGCCACACCCACACCCAUGGUCAGGAUCACGGCCAGGAGACGGAUUUCAUCUGCAUGUGAUUGUGUGAAUGAAAGCCUUAAAAGAGCGGAUAACGGCUCUCCACGACGUGGAAUGCCUGGGGCGCUUCAUCAGAUAUCUGCAUGCGGCUCCACAUGGGAGCGAGGGUUCACUCAACUGAGCAAUGCAAAGUGCGACGAGCGGGAUAAUGAAGGUGGUGUUGAACCGAUACAUGAUGGAUAGUCGCGGAUGGUGUUUGCGCACGUGCACAUGAUGAUCGCAGUGGUACUUAUCUUCAUCCGUAGAACGGUACCCCGUUUUCCAAGAAAGCGAUUCCCGCUGUCAACCAUGAUUACUAGUAUAGGCUGGCUGAUUAUGACCUGGCACUUGCUUAAACAUCAUUACAGCUGCGGUACCGGUUCUGAGCGCGCCUGCUAGUGCCGACAGCGCUUGCUGUCGCCACAAAUGAACACGUGUGGAUGGUGGACGACCGCUGAUUAGUGGGACCGGGGGCGUGAAUACUUCUUUAGGUGUGACAUAUAGCAUCUGUCUGAUUCGGUGCCUUGGAUGUCAGGCAGCGGUUAACUUUUUAUAACCUUUUAGUGUCUGUGUAACACUGCAGGUGAGAUGGACCGUUGUGAUUAAUUCUAGUGGAGCAGUAUUGGAAAGUCUAUUCUCUCUCUUUACUUCUGCUUAGAUUGUUAAUAC